UGUGGGGACAACGGUUGAAAAGAGCAUUGGGCGAACCUCUCCGCUUCCUGCAGGCGCCGCCUCUUUCUCGCCUCCGCCCCCUCUUCGGCGCUGCGCCGGCUUCUUCCUCUUCAGGUUGCCCUCCGCCGGUGCGUUUGCCGGUUCCGUUAUGGCGACUCGCAGCCCCAGCGUUGUGAUUAGUGAUGAUGAACCAGGUUAUGACCUAGAUUUAUUUUGUAUACCUAAUCAUUAUGUGGAGGAUUUGGAAAAGGUGUUUAUUCCUCAUGGACUAAUUAUGGACAGGACCGAGCGGCUUGCUCGAGAUGUGAUGAAGGAGAUGGGAGGCCAUCACAUUGUAGCCCUCUGUGUGCUCAAGGGGGGCUAUAAAUUCUUUGCUGACCUGCUGGAUUACAUCAAAGCACUGAACAGAAAUAGUGAUAGAUCCAUUCCUAUGACUGUAGAUUUUAUCAGACUGAAGAGCUACUGUGUGGACAAAAUGGAGACACAGGUGCUAAGGAAUGACCAAUCAACAGGGGACAUAAAAGUGAUUGGUGGAGAUGAUCUCUCAACUUUAACUGGAAAGAAUGUCUUGAUUGUUGAAGAUAUAAUUGACACUGGCAAAACAAUGCAAACCUUGCUUUCCUUGGUCAAGCAGCAUAAUCCGAAGAUGGUCAAGGUUGCAAGCUUGUUGGUGAAAAGGACCCCUCGAAGUGUUGGAUAUAGACCAGACUUUGUUGGAUUUGAAAUUCCAGACAAGUUUGUUGUAGGAUAUGCCCUUGACUAUAAUGAAUACUUCAGGGAUUUGAACCAUGUUUGUGUUAUUAGUGAAACUGGAAAAGCAAAAUACAAAGCCUAAGAUGAGAGUUCAAGUUGAGUUUGGAAACAUCUGGAGUCCUAUUGAAAUCACCAGUAAAGUUAUCAAAUGUUCUAGUUCUGUGGCCAGCUGCUUAGUAGAGCUUAUUGCAUGUAUCUUCUAAGAAUUUUAUAUGUUUUGUAAUUUAGAAAUGUCAGUUGCUGCAUUCCUGAACUCUUUAUUUGCACUAUGAACCUAAAGACUAUCAGUUUCCUUUGGGUGGAUUGUUAUUUGACUUGUGAAUGAAAAAUCUCUUAAACUACACCACUAUUGAAUAAAAAUAUUGAAAUUCUAUCUGUAAGAAACAUUUAAAGAGAAGAUAUAUUAGUUUUUAAUUGGUAUUUUGAUUUUUAUAUAUUCAGGAAAGUACAGAAGUGAUUGAAUAUUGUUAAUUAUACCACUGUGUGUUUAGAAAAGUAAAAAGCAGUCAGGUUUUAUAUCUAAGACAGCACCUAAGAGAUAUUGUUAUAUCAGAUAAACCAUAUGUCCUGGAAUUAUUUAAGUAGUGUUUCAGUAUUAUUAACUUUAUUUUCCUGCUUGUUCACAUUAUUUUCAGUGAAUCUUUGUCAACAGUUCCUUUUAAAUACAAAUCAAUAAAUUCCAGAAUAACAUUA